ACGAGUUCCCCGUGAACUACUUUGAUGGAGAGAUACAUUGCCAAAACAGGUACGACUCUAAUGCAAACAGUAUACAUCAGCUAUGACAACUAGCCACACGACAUGGUCCGUUCUGCCUCAGCUAUUUGCGACGUUGAGUGUUUGCCUCUCCGGGAUGUGCACUGGAACGUUCUUCUCCUUUAGCUCAGUGGCUAUUCCAAUUCUACAGAAGCCUAUGGAACAGGGGGGUUGGGAGAUCACUCUGGAGCAAGGAUCAUGGAUCGCCAGCAUCUUUUACAUUGGAACAAUCUUUGGAUCAUUGGCGAGUGGGUCCCUGGUCGACAAAUACGGGUCGAAAUGGGUCAGUUUGGUCAUGGGACCGGUGGUCGUUCUGAAUUGGAUCAUCACUGCCUUUCCUGGUCACAUUGCCACCAUCUAUUGCACCAGGAUCGUGGCUGGAGCUUGCUAUGGAGUUUUUCUCGCCGUUGCCAAGGUUUACAUAGCGGAAGUGGCCCAUCCUGACUUCCGAGGAACCACGAGUGCCUUCUAUCCGACCUUCCUCUCAGCAGGCCUCCUUUAUGGGUUCGUCUUGGGCAAUUUCAUUCCUCAUCUACGGCUUUUCACGUUGCUUCUUGCCGUCCCAGCCAUUAUUUACUUCGUUAUGUGUCUGUUCAUUCCCAAUUCGCCAUAUUGGCUGGUGGCACGUGGACGCUUAGACGAGGCCCAAAAGUCCCUUCAAUGGUUGAGAGGCUCAACAUGUGACAUCCAAGAAGAAUUCAAGGAGAUCCUAACCAAAAGCGAGCGAAGCAACGAUGACGCUAAAGAGUCUUGGAAGAGCUCUUUAACCAGCUCCGACCUUUGGCGGCCUUUAAUUCGCAUUGGAGUCCUCAUGCUACUGGUGGAAUGGAGCGGUUCCAAUUUGAUUUCCCAAUACAUGGUGAUCGUCAUCCAAGAGUCGGGAAGCUCCAUCGAACCCAAUUUGGCCACCAUUGGCGUUGCUUUGGCUCGAAUGAUCUUUGGUUCCAUGUCAACUGUGAUCCUUCGAUAUUGUCCUCGUCGACCUCUCUUACUAUUCUGUACAUUCUUGUCCAUGGUUUCGUUUCUCUCGCUGGGAACUUUCAAACAUAUUCUCACCACUUCAAGAGAGAUCUCGGAGAACCAAACCACCGUCGAAGAAAUUGCGACCAUCCAACACACCUUUGGGUGGAUUCCAAUGGUGAGCAUUGGCUUGAUUCAAGCUUGUGAAACGGUAGGUUUUAUCGCCAUCGUUCACUUGACUCUGCAAGCCGAGAGCUUUCCAACCCGAGUUAGGGCCAUUGGAUGUGGCCUUUUGGGCGUGGUCACAGCUUUAGCACGAUUUAGUAUCGCCAAGAUAUUUCCUUUGUUACUAUCCUUGCUUGGGUUUGAGGGAGUUUUCUGGUUGUUUGCAAUCAUUCUUCUUCUUAUUUUUAUCUAUUGUUGGAUUAUUGUACCGGAAAACAAAGGUCAAAGUUUGACUAAAACUGAAGACAAAAUGAUGGUGACAUAACGAAAUUGAAUGGAUAUAAGUGAGAGUAUUCCUUGACAAUAAAUUACGUAAUGCCAACUUUUGA